AUGUUCGGCCGGAGCUCACGGAAGAGACUCUCCAGCCGCUCGUUGACCGGCCUGGGGCGGAUAGAGAGAGGCCAGCCAUGUAACGCCUGCGGUGACCAGUGUCCCGGCUUCGCCUUGCAUAAAUGGAGGAAGAUCUGCCUACACUGCAAGUGUCCCCAGGAAGAGCACAUGGUGACAGUGAUGCCGCUGGAGAUGGAGAAGACCAUCAGCAAACUCAUGUUUGACUUCCAGAGGAACUCGACCUCGGAUGAUGACUCAGGCUGUGCCUUGGAAGAGUAUGCCUGGGUCCCGCCAGGGCUGAAGCCUGAACAGGUACACCAGUACUACAGCUGCCUCCCCGAAGAGAAAGUCCCCUAUGUCAACAGUCCUGGAGAGAAGCUGCGAAUCAAGCAGCUCCUACACCAGCUCCCGCCACAUGACAAUGAGGUUCGAUAUUGCAACUCCCUGGACGAGGAAGAGAAGCGGGAGCUGAAGCUGUUCAGCAGCCAGAGGAAACGAGAGAAUUUGGGCCGUGGGAAUGUCAGGCCUUUCCCUGUCACCAUGACAGGGGCCAUCUGUGAGCAGUGCGGAGGGCAGAUUAAUGGUGGAGACAUCGCCGUGUUUGCCUCGAGAGCCGGCCAUGGUGUCUGCUGGCACCCGCCCUGCUUCAUCUGCACUGUCUGCAAUGAGCUGCUGGUGGACUUGAUCUACUUUUACCAGGAUGGGAAGAUCUACUGCGGCCGGCACCACGCCGAGUGCCUGAAGCCCCGCUGUGCAGCCUGUGAUGAGAUCAUCUUUGCUGACGAGUGUACUGAGGCUGAGGGGCGACACUGGCACAUGAAACACUUCUGCUGCUUCGAGUGCGAGACCGUGCUGGGCGGCCAGCGCUACAUCAUGAAGGAGGGGCGGCCCUACUGUUGCCACUGCUUCGAGUCCUUGUAUGCAGAAUAUUGUGACACCUGUGCUCAACAUAUAGGGAUCGACCAAGGUCAGAUGACCUAUGAUGGCCAACACUGGCAUGCCACUGAGACCUGUUUCUGCUGUGCUCACUGCAAGAAGUCUCUCCUGGGGAGGCCAUUCCUUCCAAAGCAAGGCCAGAUCUUCUGCUCCCGGGCCUGCAGUGCCGGAGAGGACCCCAAUGGUUCUGACUCUUCCGACUCGGCCUUCCAGAAUGCCAGGGCCAAGGAAUCCAGACGCAGUGCCAAAAUCGGCAAGAACAAGGGCAAGACCGAGGAGGCCAUGCUGAACCAGCACAGCCAGCUGCAGGUGAGUUCCAACCGCCUGUCUGCCGACGUGGACCCCCUGUCACUACAAAUGGACCUGCUCAGCCUGUCCAGCCAGACGCCCAGCCUCAACCGAGACCCCAUUUGGAGGAGCAGGGAUGAACCCUACCAUUAUGGGAACAAGAUGGAACAAAACCAGGCCCAGAGUCCCCUGCAGCUCCUCAGCCAGUGCAACAUCAGAACUUCCUACAGUGCUGGCGGGCAGGGCGCCGGGGCUCAGCCCGACAUGUGGGCCAAGCACUUCAGCGGCAACCCCAAGAGGAGCUCGUCACUGGCCAUGAAGGGACACGGGGGCAGCUUCAUCAAGGAAUGCCGAGAGGACUACUACCCCGGGAGGCUGAGGUCCCAGGAGAGCUACAGCGACAUGUCUAAUCAGAGCUUCAGCGAAACUCGAGGCAGCAUCCCAGUGCCCAAGUAUGAGGAAGAGGAAGAGGAGGAGGAGGAGGAGGAGGAGGAAGGGGGCCUAACCGCUCAGCAGUGUCGGACCCGUCAUCCCAUCAGCUCCUUGAAGUACACAGAGGACAUGACACCCACAGAGCAGACCCCUAGAGGCUCCAUGGAAUCCCUGGCCCUGUCGAACACAACAGGCCUCUCCACUGAAGGUGGUGCCAAGCGCCAGGAGCACCUGUCUCGGUUCUCCAUGCCGGACCUCAGCAAGGACUCGGGCAUGAACGUCUCGGAGAAGCUGAGCAACAUGGGCACCCUGAACUCAUCCAUGCAGUUCCGCAGCGCGGAAUCGGUGCGCAGCCUGCUGUCGGCCCAGCAGUACCAGGAGAUGGAGGGCGGGCUGCACCAGCUGGGCAACCCCCUGGGCUACCGUGACCUGCAGUCCCACGGACGGCUGCAUCAGAGCUUCGAUUUUGACGGGGGCAUGGCGAGCAGCAAGCUCCCGGGGCAGGAAGGCGUGCGACUCCAGCCCAUGAGCGAGCGCACCCGGAGGAGAAACACCUCCCGAGAGGACGCCCGGCGCUUCCGUCCUCACCGCUCCAGGCGCAGCCGGCGCUCGCGCUCGGACAACGCCCUGCACCUGGCCAGCGAGCGCGAGGCCAUCUCCAGGUUGAAAGAAAGGCCGCCGCUGCGAGCCAGGGACGAUUAUGACCAAUUCAUGCGCCAGCGCAGCUUCCAGGAGAGCCUGGGCCAGGGGUCCCGGAGGGACCUGUAUGGCCAGUGCCCACGGACUGUGUCGGACCUGGCUCUGCAGAACGCCUUUGGGGAGCGAUGGGGACCCUACUUCACCGAGUACGACUGGUGCUCCACCUGCUCCUCCUCCUCCGAGUCCGACAACGAAGGCUACUUCUUGGGAGAACCCAUUCCUCAGCCCGCGCGCCUGCGCUAUGUCACCAGCGACGAGCUGCUGCAUAAAUACAGCUCGUACGGGGGCCCCAAGUCCUCCACGUUAGCGGGCAGAGGACAGCUGCACAGCAGGAAAAGACAGAAGAGCAAAAACUGUAUCAUUUCUUAAUGGGUCGGGGCGGGAUGGGGCAGGGA